GCUCCCAUCUCUAUUUCAGUACUUUUUACUUACUUCUGGCUCCUUGCUUAGUUCAUUUCACCUGGUUUGGGAGGCCUAAGAGUGGUAAAAGGUUGGCUUGCUAUUUCUUUUGUUCAACAAAUUGUAUUUCUGGCCAUCGAAUUUUCUAUAAAGUAACAGAAACAUGUCUGUUUUGCUACAGCGUCCCUGCUCAAAUGACAUUAUUUGGAUUUCCUGAUGAAUUAGGGCAGUUUGAAGUUUGACCAGUGAUCUCACAUCAAAAUGGAAUACAGGUUUAAAAGAUGGGCAUCGAUGUGACCAAACACCACACAGCAAGGGAUCUUUAAAUGUAAAGAAGCAUAAACUACAAUGCACACAAGGUAUGCUGCAAUUUCAGCCUGCAAGCCAGGAAACAAAUAAUCAUUUGAAGAUUUUGGAAGGUGAAUUUGUAAAUACAAGACAACGUUGAUGCAAGACUGAGUGAGACAACUGGCCCUGCGUCUGUGUAUAAGCACUUGAAAUGAGUUUUCUGAAUAACUGCCAUAUGAGUCACAGAGGAAGUGUGCAGAAGCACUACAAAUAUAUGGGUGGCUUUAGUGACAUGUCAAGCAUUGGAAGUUUUAUGGAUGAUACUGACAGAGAAGUUAGCAAUCUGACAGACCGUGCAUUUAGAAGUUUAUGCAUUGGGGAAGAAGCAAUCUAUAAUGACUCCGAUUUUGCUGUCUCUCCACUUGAACGCAGCUUGGCUUUCAUUGAUAAUUCGCAAAAUAAAAACCCAGAUAUCCUGAAAAAGUCUGUAAAAGAAAGACAUACCAUUAGUAUUAAAUCUAAAGAAGUGGAAGAAAAAUCUGAAGUUGCUGUAACAUUCCAGCAGUCAGUCAGGCACAGUUCCAAAGAAGCAGAAAAUUGCAUAAAAAAUGAUGUAGCAACUCAUUUGAGCAAUGGUGUUAUUGGGGCAAGUUGUAGACCAAAAAAGAACAUCUCAAAUGUAUCUUCUCUGAUUAAGGCAUUUGGUACAGUAGAAAAUGACUGUGACAGUAGCACUAAUCUGGGCAACAAAAAAUGCAUUCUAGCAGCUACUAAAAAUGAUAGAAUGCAUAAAGAAAGUGACUUAUGGGAUAAAUCUGCCCUGUUGAGUAUUGAGAAAGAAUUAUCUGAAUUCUCUCUUGCUUAUCAGCAAAACUAUACGUUAAGUAAGAAAUCUGAUGAAAUUGAUAGAAAGAAAAAAAAUGAUAAUUUACUCCCAGCCAGAAACAAUUUGCAAUCCCCUGACAUGAUAAUAACUCAUAAGUCCAAAGUGGACCCAAAUAAUCAUACCGCUAUUCCUACUAAAAGCAAAACUAGUAAAGGGAAAAGGCUGAGCUUCAGGAAUUGUUUUCUCCAUAGUGAAUACAGUCCAUUCAGAUCAUGGAAAGAUUAUAAUGAAUUUCCAUUUGAGAAAGAAGAUGCGGAAGACCUUUUGCCCACAAAUGGAAUCCCUAAAUGGUACGACUCUCCUGUUUACAAAGAACUUACAGCAGUGCAUAGAAUUAGAACCCCACUAAAUGAGGACAGGAAAAUGCUAAAACACAAAAAAGAUGAUGCCUGUAUCACAGGGUGUGCAUCAUCUUCUGUUUUGCAAAAAGCCUCUAUGCUUGAGAAAAGAAGUGAAUCGGAAAUAGGGAGUACCUGUCCCCCAUGGAGAAGAAAUCGAAACCAAGUGCCCCUUCCCUGUCCCUGUACUGUUUCACCACUUAGUGAAAAAUAUAGUAGAAAAGAAGACAAUAAUUGUUCUUUCACUAAGUCAACACCAACCCUCCACAAAGUACGCACAGUUGUGGAUGGACAAAUACCGAGCUUUGAAACACCCUCGUUUAACAUUUCCAAACUCCUGACACCAGUUAUUCAUGCUAGACAAGAUACGGAAACAUCUGAAAUCUUACAAAGCGUGUUAUCUCCACCAAUCAUUGACUUAACAACUUCACAUGAACAUGAAUUUAAAGCUGUUGCUGAGAGCAAAUUACGUGACAGUUAUAAAUCUAUGGCUUCAAGCUUGUUAUUUAAUCUUAAAGAUAACAGGAAAAGAGUAAAAAGCACUUAUAGCCCAUCUACCUUUCGAAGCCACGAAGUACAAGAUCGAAGUAAACAGACCUCAAAACAAGAGGUAAUUCCGAAAAAUGUGCCGAUUAGCUCAGACCCUCCUGCUAAUUCUUCUACACAGCUACAAAGGAAAGACAUCACCUCCACUUUGCAAACAAUGAACUCACAAAUCACUGAUACAAAAGAAGCUGCUGUAUGUAUCUCAGAUGACUAUCUGACCUUAAGUUCACCUCAAACCAUAAAAGAGGCUGCUAAUUACAAAGGCCUCAGUCAUGUACUGCAGGAAGGUGCAAUACAUAAAACGAAAUCUGUUGAAAGCGAAAGUAGUAUAAACAAUGGUUUAGAUAUGAUGCCUUGCCCCAGAUCGAAUGAAGUCACCUUGCGAAAGAGACCAGAAUACCCCUCUUUGAAACUGUACAAGAAAGAGGAUAUUGUGAAGGAAGAAACAAAAGAAAUACCAGUAUCAAUAAAGAACCCUUUACAGUCUAGUUCACUACGAGAGAAUGAUAAUGUUGAAAAGCAUACUGCCAUCCAAAAUAUUAGUAGCUUCCACAAGACACGGACAACUCCUAGCUUUCCCUUGCAGGAAAGCAGUGUGAAGCACAGUCCUGGUGUUUCGUGUAAAGGAAGUACAGAUGGUAGAACAAAGCCCUCUAAACAAUCAUAUUUAUCAUUAGAAGGCCACCAGCAAAGUGAUUUGGAUCACAAUUUGAAUGAAGAGUUAACUUUGAGGAAUGGAAAUGGUAAUAAUGAAAAGGUUCAAAAUAAUGCAGAUGAGACAAAGAAAGACAUUGCAAAUAUAGAGUUGCAGUAUUAUGCACUAAGUAACCAUGAAAGUGAGAGAGAACGUGAAGUUGAGAGCCACCCGACACCUAUGAGAAAUCAAAGUACAUCUCCAAAGGAAGAACACGAUUUGCCUUCGAAUGGGGUGGAGGAAAGAAGCUGGGUACAUUGUUUAAUAGAUGAUGCUAUGGCUUACACACCAGUAUCAUCAUCUACCGCAUCAUCGCCGUCUUCAGUAAAGGGAAAUCGGUUUAAAGUUAAAGACAACACAUUCCGGACAUCACCUGUAAUCAAGUCUGUAAAAGCACCAUUGCAAAAAAUAUUUCAAGAGGAUGUUGAGAUGAAUGGCCUUAGUAGAAAUGGAAGCAGUCCUGAGAAAUUUGAAAUUGCAAAGGCCUAUUAUGAAGAGUAUGACAAAGACCGAGUUACAGAGAAAAUCCCUCUUUCAGGUGAAGCCCCAGUUAGCAGUGAAGACACAGUUAAAGGUAAAGCCCCAGUUAGAAGUGAAGGCACAGUUAAAGGUGAAGCCCCAGUUAGAAGUGAAGGCUCAGUUAAAGGUGAAGCCCGGGUUAGAAGUGAAGGCACAGUUAAAGGUGAAGCCCCAGUUAGAGGCGAAGGCUCAGUUAAAGGUGAAGCCCCAGUUAGAGGUGAAAGCUCAGUUAAAGGUGAAGCCCCAGUUAGAAGUGAAGGCACAGUUAAAGGUGAAGCCCCAGUUAGAAGUGAAGGCACAGUUAAAGGUGAAGUCCCAGUUAGAAGUGAAGGCUCAGUUAAAGGUGAAGCCCCAGUUAGAAGUGAAGGCACAGUUAAAGGUGAAGCCCCAGUUAGAAGUGAAGGCUCAGUUAAAGGUGAAGCCCCUGUUAGAAGUGAAAGCUCAGUUAAAGGUGAAGCCCCAGUUAGAAGUGAAGGCUCAGUUAAAGGUGAAGCCCCAGUUAGAAGUGAAGGCUCAGUUAAAGGUGAAGUCCCAGUUACAGAUGAAGAUGAAUGUUUAAUUCAGCUUAAUUCAGUUCGAGUGGAAGAAGAAAGUCAAUUGAUUGUAAAUGCAAAGUUAGAAGACAUAGAAAGUGCUGCAAGUACCGUACACAUGGACGAAAAGGUUGCAAGUGCUGUCUGCACAAAACAAGCAGAACGUUCGAAAGAUGUUAGUGAAAGGUCAGAUUCAAUCAGUAGUGUUAGUGAAAAUAAACCAUUAGGCAAACCACCCACUGUUCCACCAAAAACUGAAAAAGGACUUCGGCGUGCCAAGAAGCUUACCAACAGAAGAAAAAAGGCUGAAACAAAGCCAAAAACAGAAAGUACUAGCCGAAUCGAAAAGAAACCUAUCAGAACCGUUUCCAGUGUGCCAUCAUCUCCUACACAUAUGUCACCAUCACCAAUACCUAUGAAUUCAACACCAGUACCACAGCCUGUGCACCUUGAACGGAAGGAUGUUUCACCAGUCACUAAUAUUGUGACAGCACCAGUAAUCCAGUCUUUCCCAAUUACCCAAAGAAAGCUGCUACAAGACCCUGAGUCAGGUCAAUACUUUGUUGUAGAUAUGCCUGUCCAAGUGAAAACUAAAACCUUUUUUGAUCCAGAAACUGGAAAAUAUAUUCAGUUAUCCAUUCGAUCAGCGGAAGGCGGAUUAUCACAUGCAUCAUCGUUGGAGGUUUUGAACCCUCCUUAUGUAUUAUAUCCUGGAUUUCUGCCCUUACCUGUCACAUCUUUACCAGCACUGAGGUCUACUUCUGAGAUGUCAGCAUCAGCAACGCUUAUGGAUGAUCAGGGAAUAAAUGAACUUUCAGAGAUCUGGACACAGGAUGCUAUUAACCAGAUGCACAAUCAAGAAAGUCACCCGUACAUAGAGCCUGUGUAUAAUUCUCAUAAUCAACUGACUGAUGGAUCAAUGUACAGUGAAGAGAAAGAAGGUAGCAGCCCCAAGAACUUGGACAUAAUACCAAUGAGUGAGUUAGAAGAUUUUGCAGUUGAAAGCAUUUUAUAGAUUCAGGGAUAUAUAUUAAAAAAAGCAUUCUUAAACUUGUUUAGAAACACCCAGCACACGGAUAUGAAAGAACAUAUUAAAUCAAGAUAAUUUUCUAAUAUGUCUGCAUAUUUGACUUUUUUAAGAACAAGUUAUGGAAAUAAAAGUAAAUUAUUACUGCUUUCCCUUUUAGUUUAACUGUAAUCUAUUUAGAAAAUCAUACAACUGUCCUUUCUAUAUUAAUUAAAGGGGAACCCAAACAGAAAAAAAAUCCAAUAGAAAAUACUGAUAAAUACUCCAUGUGGUCUGUGUUUAAAGACAAAAUAAAACUAAAAUAAAAUAAAGAUCCAUUCCCAUCCUAAAAAAACUUUUAAAACUGGUAAGGUUAACGAGCAGCGAUCAAGACCAUCUUGUGAUCGUUUAAACAACACUGCCUGGAAAGGUUUUUGUGGGUACCAUAUUGUUGUAAUAAAAUGUAAGUUAGCUAAUAAUAGAAAAUAAAAAAAACUCACCUAUUCAGAAACGUUUCAUCAAAAUACGCUAGACAGAGCCAAAACCACAACAGAUUCCCGAAUACAAACUAAAAUAAAGGCCUAAUUUCACUGGUAUGUAUUUUAUGUUCCUAAUCUCAGGUGCUCCUGUGGUAACUGCCAACCAAUGGGUACACAAAGGGAGAGCAUUUGUUGUCAGGAAAUUGACAAAACUUUAAUUUCGGUCAUUGAAAAAAAUCCAGAUUUAAUCGUUACAUUACCUAUUUUUAAAAUUGGAAAUUGAAAAAAGACACAUUAUAUCGUAUUUCUAUGAUAUCAAAAGAUAGUUUAGUGUGAACAUAGGUAUGGGUGUUUGGGUUCCCCUGCUCGCUCUCUCUCUCUCUCUCUCUCUCUCUCUCUAGUGCUCCCUCGCUAUAACGCGGGUCACAGGGGAAACACAACAUGAGCGUUAUAACCGAAGAGCAUUAUAAACGAGGGAGGGGGUGGGGGGUGCCGCGAGAUACAUAACAACACAUAUAAUGCAUAUAUAAUGAAGAAAAAAUGUAACUUUCCGUAAAUUAACCAUGCAUAAAGUAAAAAUAAAUAAAUAAUAAAUGUAACAUUCCCACUCAUGGAUCAUUUUAAUUAGCAGUUUUUAAACUAUAACUAGCCUGGCUAAAUGGUGGUCAGGAGUUCAGUUUGAAGCGAGACAAGCAAAUCAAGGGCGAGAAGGAGAGCAUGUUGGGAGAGGGGAAGGGAAUGGGCUCGCCCCAGGUUCGGCUGCCAGAGCUGGGCUGAAGCAAAACUGAAACUUCUCAUCUCCCAGAGAAAGCCGCAGCUCCUCUCGCAGCAAAAAAAGUAAAUACAUUAGGGAAGAUAACCACGUAAUAGACCUAAUAUUUAUUUAGUUAUAAAAUGAAUGCUGAAUAAGAUGUCUGUGUUACAAAGUGCCAGCACAGCUUUUCUUCAGUUCAGAUACUGUAUCAAAAGGGAGACAGAAACAGAAGUUAGACUGAGAAGUUGUUUAUAUUUUGAAUAACACCGGUACUGUACCUACUGUAGAAAUAUUGCAUGAAUCACUAGUAUAGGGAAUUGGGGGACCUGCUGUAGGAGCGUUAUAUCCGAGAGCCUUAUAGCAAGGGAGCACUGUAUAUCUAUCUAUCUAUCUAUCUAUC